AUGGCCCAAAUACGCGGCACCGCAGGCUAUCACUUGGGCAACCAGAGCCCCUUCGGCAACGCCGGUCGCAGUGACGGCUCCAACAACGACCCGAGUCCCCUCGAUCAGCUACGGGAGCAAACAAACAAGAUUGAAGACUGGCUCGACACCAUCUCGGAACCCGUCAAGCCUUACAUUCCCGCAAUUGGCCGCUUCUUGAUCGUCGUCACCUUCAUCGAAGACGCGCUGCGCAUAAUAACCCAAUGGAGCGACCAGCUCACUUACUUGAAAGACUACCGCAAGAUUCCCGGUGGUCUCACACACCUUUUCCUCAUCGUCAACGUCAUCGCCAUGGUUUCAUGUUCCUUCAUGAUCAUUGCGCGCAAGCACUCGGACUACGGAGUCUUUGGCCUCAUCGGCGUCGUCGUCCUUCAGGGUCUCGGAUAUGGCUUGGUCUUUGACCUCAACUUCUUCCUCCGCAACUUGUCCGUCAUGGGUGGUCUUUUGAUGGUCUUGUCGGAUUCUUGGGUACGCAAGAGGUUUGCGCCCGCCGGCCUACCUCAGCUGGACGAGAAGGAUCGCAAGAUGUACUUCCAGCUUGCUGGCCGUGUUCUCCUCAUCUUCUUGUUCGUCGGCUUUGUUUUCCGGGGCGACUGGAGCGUCUCCAGAAUUCUCGUGAGCUUGUUGGGAUUCAUUGCAUGUGUCAUGGUCGUCAUUGGAUUCAAGGCCAAGUUCAGCGCCAUCAUGUUGGUGCUUAUCCUUAGCAUUUUCAACAUUGUUGUCAACAACUUCUGGACGCUCCACGAGCACCACCCCCACAAGGAUUUCGCCAAGUACGAUUUCUUCCAGAUCCUUUCCAUUGUCGGCGGUCUCCUUUUGCUGGUCAACAUGGGCCCCGGCCAGUUUUCUGUUGAUGAGAAGAAGAAGGUCUACUAG